ACAAGAAACUGAUGCAUGUUCCUUUGUUGAAGUUAAACCUCUGUCCUUUUUUUGUUGGGUAUUUUAUGAUGCUGUCUAAUCUAUUUUAAGCAUGCAAUCAAUGGUAUAAAUCUUGUUGGUUUGAAUUUUAAUUUUGCACUGAGUUUGUUUCAUUGCACUAAUCUGGUUGUCCAAGUUUCAUUUCUGUCAAUGAGGAUAUGGACAAAUUGUACUUGAGCACAACAUGUUAUGAUUUUUCUUUUUGCCUUUUUGUGUUUCAGAGCUAGUCCUAAGUUCCUAACAGUGAUGUCGAUCAAUGCUCUUAAAGAUCUCAAUAGCCUACCUGCAUCUGAAAGCAAGAAUGAUGACUCUGGUAGAGGGUGUUGUACAAAACCUUGCAAUGGGAACAUGAAUGAAAAUGUUGACGAGAAGCAGAGGAAGAAGUCUUCUCCCAUUCAUGUUAAUGGAGGUGAAACUGUAAAUUCUGGAGUAGAGGUAGCAAAUUCAGAAGUAGAAUACUUUGAAUCUGAGAACUUGAGUGAUCUUGAAGACAUUGAUACAAGUCUCAAGACAUUUUCACCGCAUUUAAUGACCAUCUAGUUGAUUUGUUGGAUCCACUGGUACUUCAUACUCUCUAGUCACUGCUCCCUUUAUUUUUGUUGAAUGAUUAUCUCCUCACUAGUGAAUAAUGAGUGAACUAAUAUUGUGAAUGUACGCCCAAAUAUCGUCAAAUGCAACUUGUACAGCUUUUAUUUAAAUCUUCACAAUACAAAAAGUUCGUUUGUGAGGCAGCUGACAGAGCUUUAGAGGCAAUGACCACUUGGGUUUCCCCUAUUGUUUUGUUGCCACAGUUGCAAACUUAUCUCAAAAACGGAAAUCCACAAAUUCGAGCCAAGGCAUCAAUGUGCUUUUCUUGAAGUGUUCCACAACGGGUGUUGAGGGAAUUAAAACAUAUGGAAUUGGCAGAUUGAUACAAGUAGCUGCAUCCCAGCUCAGUGAUUAGCUUCCUGAGUCCAGGGAGGGUGCCCAAACCCUUCUUCUGGAGUUGCAAACUGUAUACAAGAAAUCCUAUUGUCUCUUGUCAGCAACAGUACACCAGCAUCCAGAGUUGGACACUUGGGAUCACUUUUGUCAAUCAAAACUCUCUCCUUUAAGCGCACAGGGUGUGCUUCGUGUCACCAACACCAAUGUUGCUCGGGAGGGUCGUGUUGUUAGUUCAUGACACGAGUUACAUAGUCCAUACAUGAGCUUUUUGAAAUCAGAGUCUUUAUUUACCUACACAUAUGAGCCUUAGCUAGCAGAAUCUAUAAUUACCUUUUAUUGGGUUGGUUUCAUUUCAUCUUGUUCUUUUUCUAUAAAUGCUCUUGAAUGAUUGAGAUCUCUGCCAUUAUGAUUAAGAAAAUAGUUGGGUUUGGAAUGAUAUGGUAUGUCUUUAUGAGUAUCUUCCUUUUGCAUAAUUUUGCCGCACU